AUGGCAGAUAAAAAGGCCCUCAUAGUGGCCCUUUCAGGCUGCUCUUCCAGCGGCAAGACAACGCUCGCCCGGCUGCUGCGCGACAUCUUCCCCAGCACGUUUAUCCUGCACGAAGAUGAUUUUUACAGGCCCGAGACUGAACUCCCCAUGAAGGAUGGCCUUCUUGACUGGGACUGCGCAGAAUCUAUAGACGUCCCUGCCAUGGCCGAGGCCCUCUCUUAUAUCCGCCAACAUGCCUCUUUUCCCCCAGCUCUCGACUCCAAAGAAGACCAAAACUCCGUCGGCAAAUGCCCCGUCCCCUCCACCACAAUCUCAGCCCUCAAAUCCAAAGUCUCCUCCCUCCUCCCCUCAACCCACCCCCUAACCACCUCCGCCCUGAAUCUCUGCAUCCUGGACGGCUUCCUCCUCUACCCGCCCUCCAUGGCCGCCAUCCAGCCCCAUCUCGACAUCAAAAUCUUUUUGCGCGCCUCUUACGCAAAGGCCAAGGCUCGUCGUGAGGCCCGCGACGGAUACGUCACGCUGGAGGGCUUCUGGGCCGACCCGCCGGGAUACGUCGACAAGAUUGUCUGGCCAAACUACGUGGCGGAGCAUUCGUGGAUGUUUCAGGGCGGGGAUGUGGAGGGUGAGUAUAAGGCUGAUGUGCUGGAGCGAGAGGCCAUUCGGGUGCCGAGUGAGAAGGGAGCGGAUGGUGACAUGGACAAGAUUCUGGAAUGGAUGGUGGACUUGAUAUUAGAAGAGCUGAAGCAGCAUGCUUGA